UACUGAAAACAUUGUUUUGAUUAUUUAUCAAUUAAUCUUUAAUCGUAAACAUCAAAUAUUUAAGUGUUAUAUCUCUAUUGCAAUCGACUAUUUAUUUUAUUAAUAUCUCUGUGGAAAUAAUAAAUUGAAUAGUUCCGAAUUAAACAUGGAGAAUUAUUCAGAUAUGAUGAUUCGAGAUUGGAUUCAAUACAUUACAGAAAUUCAACAUGAACAAGAACUCUCUUUAAAAAAUGGCACGGAAUUUUACAUGCCAUUUAUAGCUACUUCAAUAACGGUAGUUAAGACAGUAUUCACACUUGCUGAAUAUUUUAAUUUGCAUCCAAGAACAAAAUAUCUUUCACUGUACUUAUUCGAUAAGUACAUGUGUAAUAAAUUUUGGGAAAUUUAUAAAAAAUAUGAAAAUGAUGCUGAAAAUAAUACUCAUAAUUGGAAUCAGGUUACUGAUAAAUUUUCCAAUGAAAUUAAAUUAAGACUGAUGUCUUGUAUUCAACUUGCAAGCAAAGUAGACUCUCACUACAAGCAUCUUGGUAUAGCACAGAUUAUCGCAGGUCUUCAAUUAAUGAGCCCUGAAAAUAAUGAAAAAGUUGAAUAUUCACCAAAUACAAUAUUCAAAUCAGAAAUAAAAGUAUUUAAAACAUUAAAUUAUCGAAUACCAUCAAUUACUCCAUUGGACUGUCUUGAAGUCCUAUUAGUAGCAUUAGGUCUUCGAGACUUACCUAAAUUUUAUGAGUCUACAAUUAGCAUUCUGGAUUUAACAUUUUUACAGCACCAAAAUUUAUAUGGCCAAUUACAACUCAUGAUUAUAGGUUCUAUUGCCAGGACUAAGAUUGAAAAAAUUACUUUUAUGACUAUGGAAAUAGACAUGUUAUUUUUAAGUGCAUCAAUAAUUGUGUGCACUUUAUUUUUUUUUAAUGUAAAGAAAGAAAGACAGAUAAGUAUCACUGAAAAAUUAGCUGAGCUAAUAGAUAUCAAACAUAAAGAUAUUUAUUUGAUGGCAACUACUAUUUUUGAACUUGCGAGACCAAAUUAAUUGAUUUUAAAAUAUGUAUUCCAUCAGUGUCAUUGAUUUCUGUUAAUUCAAUAAUGUUAAUUAUCCGGUCAUCAUUACAUACAGUAUUCUAAUUAACUUAAAAAUAAAUUAUAGCCCGAUCUUAACUAAUUAAAUUA